AUGGAGAACAUGUCUCGGGUGGCUGGAAUCUUUGGCAAUUUCUCAGACACCACCUGGCAUGUAGAGGAUGAGACACAGGUCUCUCGGGCUACACAGGCUGAGCAGAACCAUUAUGAGAUGUGCGUGUGGAAACAGUUUCUGAUCCUCAACGACUUCCCGUCGGUCAACGAGGCCAUCAACCUGCAGAACCAGCAGCUGCGCUCGCUGCAGGAGGAGUGCGACAAGAAGCUCACCUCGCUCCGCGACGAGAUCGCCAUCGACCUGUACGAGCUAGAGGAAGAAUAUUACUCCUCCAGCUACAGUCAGUGGGACAGUACGGACCUGCCUCUGUGCGAGGCCUACCGGCGCCGGGACAUUUGGGCGUCCCCGGACGGGGGUGACACAUCUCGGUCAGCCCAGGAGGGCGUGGAGGACACAGACGGACCCACCUCACAGGAAACUACCCCCAAACACAACUUAAACGGUCACGGGACCACUGGCGCGAUAGAUGAGCCCUAAAGCACUGGAGCAGACCAUAUGGAUGGGCACAAAGACAGGUUGGGUGACAACGUCAAAAACAUUAUGCACACAUCGAUGUGGCUGGAAGGCAUGCAUUUUUAUGAUUCUAAACGGUCAGAUAGCUAACAACAAUGACAAGAAGCUUCCAAGUGGGGAAUUGAAGGUGGCUUGUUUCAUCUUUUUCACUAGCUACAGUUCAAGUCGGAAGUUUACAUA